UGUUUUAAUGUGUUUUACUGUGUUUUGAUCUGUAGGUAGUGAAUGGCAGCGUCUUCGUCCUCGUCCUCGGCUGGAGGAGUCAGCGGCAGCUCGGUCACCGGAUCCGGCUUCAGUGCUUCCGAGCUCAUCCCGCCCAGGAAAGUGCUGUACACGUAUCCCAAAGGAGCCGGAGAGAUGAUGGAGGAUGGAUCUGAUAGAUUUUUAUGCGAGUCUGUGUUCAGCUAUCAAGUUGCAUCCACACUGAAGCAGGUGAAACAUGAUCAGCAGGUGUCACGGAUGGAGCGUCUGGCCGGACUGGUGGAGCAGCUGGAGACGGAUGAGUGGAAAUAUAAACCCAUCGAGCAGCUCCUGGGGUUCACCACCUCAUGACUGCAUUCAGAACUGACAGAUCAGUUUCUCCGCUUAUAAACAUAUUAAUUGGUUUUUCCCCAUCUUGAAUGAGCUGAAGUUCUUAUGAAUGUACUAUAGGUGUAUGUUGUGUUGUUUUGCACUGCUUUAUAAUCAUCAGUGUUUGUGAUCAUGUGUGUAAAUAUGCAUUGUGUUUAUAGAUACAGCAUUAGGAAUACUUUAAAAUAAUAGCCCCUUGUUUUCACAGUGUGGAUUUGUAUGUGUAUAAACAAUAAAAGCCUUUUUAAGCACAA